AUGGGACAGUCGCAGAUUCUCAAGUCCCGGUCGAAGCUUGGGAAUGCAAAGCAGGUCUCUCAAAAUGCCAAAUUAAAGCAUAAAUUCGCUCCUGCAGUAGCAAAAGAGACUCUGUCGACAACUCAAUUAGUCAACCAGCUGCAGAGUUUUGAAAUCGUUGAAACUUGUCUUCGCGCUGCAAUUAGUUGUCUUUCAUACCUUCGACAAUUGUUUCCAGAAGAAUGUUUCGAGGAACGUUACUAUGAUAAUCUUAACAGGAAUUGCUCGUACAAAGAGUUUGUAGCCGGUCAAGGCGAGUUUGGAGAUACGGACGGCGAACUUUUAGGACAGAAGCCCCGCAGGCCAGGCUCAACUCUAAAGCUCUUAGUCAGAGGAAGAAGUUCACUUGCUGAUACGCUUCUCAAUUGGCUUGAGUACGGAAUCUUUGAAGCUAUUGAGCUCAGCUAUCUGGAGGGUCUGCAACUGACCAUAUACGCCGACGCUCAGCGCCCAGAAAACGUGCUCGAAACGUACACUUUCACCUUUCAGUAUAGGACUGAUGGAUCCCCUGACAAGUCUCGGCUCUCUAGCAUAGAAGUAGAGAGUCCGGUGGGGGAGAAGGUCACCAUCAAGGAAGCCAAGUAUGGUUUGCAGAUGCUGAACAUGCGGUUGGUGGCUCUAAGCACUUUUCUUCCUCAGCUUCCAGCCCAUCUCUUUUACGCAGAGCAUUGUCCGUCAAACUAUGAGCCGAAAGGUUUCCGUGCCUGUACAAGCGACAAUGUGUUCUUUCCAGACGACGCACAGUGGAAGAAACAAACCGAAAGCUGUGGUCAGAUGAAGACGGGGUUUCACUCGGUCCGACUCCGAGUCUCCAGCUUAAAAUGGACUGCGGCAGAUAAUCAAGAUCCAGAAAAGGCCGGAGCAAUCCCAAGCUCUCUUCAUUCCUACAAGCAGUACUCGCGUGAAGACGAGUUAGAGGGAAGGCCUCAAAGCGGAGCAGGUCUGUCGAAUGAACCAGAAGAGAAUGCGGUACGGGAGGACACGUCCCCGACCGAGAGUCUAAGUGAGGAACCCGAUAGAUAUUCCGCCGAGUCCAAUCGGAAAUUGUUGCGGAAAAUACUUGAAACAAAUGACGUGGUGCCUAUUACGCAGGAUUCGGAUCUUAUAUCAACGCAACAGGAGUCCCUUAUCAAAGAUGACAACUUGGAAUCUCGUUUGUACAGGUUGUCCCUUCGUCCAGUAUUCUCUCAGAAGCAAAUCGAGGAAUUGAAUAGAAAAAGAGAGUCGGCCGAAGACGGAGAUCAUUAUGAGCGCAGCUCAGGAAACAGUGGUCGAUCCAUGAUAUACUGUGAAUUUUGCAAAACUUGGCAACACCUCAACUGCUACGGCUACCGCGGGGAGACUGACCCUGCUCUGCCAAAAGAGCAUAUUUGCUAUGAAUGUCUUUUGGAGCCUCAUGAGGCCGACCAGCUCAGAGAUCUUCAUUCAAUGAGUUUGCUUCGUAAAGCUCUCACGCUGAUCUACGGCAAAUUCACGAGCUUCCCACAAAGCGAAAAGGCACUAGGGAAACUGCUCCACUGUACGGUCAAAGAUGCUAAGAAUAUCAUCGCUCAAUUAGAGGCCGAAGGCUUCAUUUCAAGUGUGGCAAGGGAUCAGGCAUCCUCCAGGACACCGCGUCAGCGACAGCGGAACAAUUGGGUCGUGGUUGAUACCGAGGAGAUCAGAUUGCGAAUGGAUAAGUUAUACUUUGACCCAACGACGAAGAUUGCACACCAUUGCACCUUGCCCUCAAAUCCCUCUUUCGAUGAGGUUUCCAUGGGAGGUAUGCAGCCCUUGGAAGACCGUGAAUCACCAGACACAGAUCAACCAUAUGAUGCUUGUGAACCUUUUUCAGAUGUAGGGAUAGAAAUCGGCAAGAAUGACGACAUAAGCGCUGAAGGAGACGCACUACGGCAAUCUCAAGAAUCACCCACAGGUAGCCAACAAAGCCUUAGGAGUCGUUCAAGCACUGAAUUCGGACAAGUCCCGUCUCUAGAACCUCGAGUAAAUGCCACUUCCGAUCUUCUCCCCAUCGCUCUCGAUCUCCUGUUCCUGAACAUUCAACGCAAUUAUCCCAAAAACUUAUUACAAUCGAUGAACAAAGCAUUCGACUUCGAUUUUCGCAAAAUAUUGGUGUACCAGAGGGAUGCUGCUGAGUGA